AUGAGGCCAAAAGACGGAGACAGAGUAGAGGGCAAGGGAGAGCCGGAGCGGGUCUGUCACCUUAUUAACGCACACCUACACCUUCCUUUACCCCUUCUACUCGUGGGGCGACACUUGACACACUGGCUAAUUCAACGGACAGCCACCACAGUUGAUACGCGCACAGUGCUUGUAUUGGAGAAUCAUGACGCCUACGUCCUCGGGAUGGUGAACGACGUAAUCGCCGAGGCCGAAAGCGCCUACGGGGCAAACCUCAUUAGAAUGGAUGUGCGUACCGUGCAGGUGGAUAGGGAGUAUGUCGACGAGAACUACGAGAAAGUAUGUGCCCAGCUUUACAAGGGCAUCAGCAUCAUCCUGGAUAUGACGUGGACCGGUUGGGACAAGUUGCGAGAGCUCGCGCACGACUUUGGCAUUAUUUACAAACGUGGCGACAUGAUAAUUAGUCCUUACGUCCAGGCCAUCGACGACAUCAUGAUGUUCAAGAACACCACCGAUAUUGCUCUCAUCUUCCAAAACGAGAAGGAGCUCAACCAGACCCUCUACUACCUCAUCGGCAAUUCCAUAAUCAGGCUCGUCGUCAUUGAUUACCUCUCGCCGCAGACCGUCAAGCGCAUCGGCAGCAUGAGGCCUCUGCCUUCUUACUACGCCAUUUACGCCAAUACCAAACAGAUGGAGGAACUUUUCAAAACGGCUGCCGACGGUGGUCUAGUUAGGCGCAAUGGACUAUGGCACUUGGUCUUUAUGGACAACAAUUAUGCUCAGUUCUCGUAUUUCAAGGGGAUUUCCUCGAUCAACGUUACCAUCAACGCCCUGACCAUGAAGGAGGACGUCUGCUGCCAUUUAAUGUACACCGAGGUCCCAUGCAAUUGUCCGCCCGACUUCAACAUAUUUGAGCAUUAUUUUCGUCGACUUGUCAAUCUCAUUGUCGAAAUACUAAGCGAAUUACAGUCCUCGAAUCUACUUUAUGAGCCACAAACGGGCCAGUGUAAUAAUAAAAAUUCAUCUACUAACUCCUUGAAUGGUACAGUUUUGGAUUUCGAUAAGAGGCUGCUAGCUAAAAUAUCGAAAAACGAUACGUUCGAAUAUUUGGCGAAGACAACCAUGAUCUCAUACAAAGCUACAGUGGAUGUGUUUGAAUUGAGAAAGGGACAAUUGACACAGAACGCCACAUGGAAUCGUCAAAAUGGCAUUCAGGCUUUGCCUAAUCGCACUAUUCAGGCUGCACGACGAUACUUUCGCAUUGGAACAACCGAGGCCAUUCCUUGGACAAUUAAAAAGAAGGAUCCAAUUACGAAAGAGUAUUUGAAAAAUGCAGAUGGCGACUUCGUAUGGGAAGGAUAUUGUAUCGAACUUAUUGAAAAAUUGGCUAAUAUGAUGGAAUUCGAUUACGAUCUCGUUAUACCAGAGGAUGGUGAAUUUGGUGUUAGGGUGAAUGGAAUUUGGAAUGGUCUUGUUGGCGAUUUAGCCAAAGGACAAACGGACAUUGCGAUUGGCGCUCUUACAAUGACAUCAGAGCGAGAGGAAGUCAUUGACUUUGUCGCUCCCUACUUUGAACAAUCUGGCAUACUGAUCGUCAUGAGGAAACCUGUACGAAAGGCGUCAUUAUUCAAAUUUAUGACCGUGCUGAGACUGGAGGUUUGGCUCAGUAUCGUCGGGGCUCUAACCCUUACCGGAAUCAUGAUCUGGAUUCUCGACAAAUAUUCUCCUUACAGUGCGCGUAACAACAAACGCAUGUACCCCUAUCCAUGCAGGGAAUUCACCCUGAAGGAGAGCUUCUGGUUCGCCUUAACGUCGUUCACGCCCCAAGGUGGCGGUGAGGCUCCGAAGGCGCUCUCGAGUCGUACCCUCGUCGCGGCCUACUGGCUUUUCGUCGUCCUCAUGCUCGCCACCUUCACGGCCAACUUGGCGGCUUUCCUCACCGUCGAGAGGAUGCAGUCGCCGGUGCAAUCGCUCGAGCAGCUCGCGCGCCAAUCUCGCAUCAACUAUACCGUUCUCGACAACUCCACGAUUCACCAGUACUUUAAGAACAUGAAGAGCGCCGAGGAGAAGCUUUACCAGGUCUGGAAGGAAAUCACGCUGAACAGCACGAGCGAUCAAGUGGAGUAUCGCGUUUGGGACUACCCGAUUAAAGAGCAGUACGGCCACAUCCUCCAGGCGAUAACACAAGUUGGCCCCGUCAAGACCAUCCAAGAGGGAUUUCAGAAGGUGAUCGACAGCGAGAGCGCGGAGUUUGCCUUUAUUCACGAUUCCUCCGAGAUAAGGUACGAGGUUACGCAAAACUGCAACCUCACCGAAGUCGGCGAGGUAUUCGCCGAGCAGCCUUAUGCCAUUGCCGUGCAGCAGGGCAGCCAUCUGCAGGAGGAGAUCAGCAGGAGGAUACUGGACCUGCAGAAGGAUAGGUACUUCGAGUCCCUCAGCUCCAAGUACUGGAAUCAGUCGCUCAAGGGAUUCUGCCCAAAUGCCGACGAUAACGAGGGCAUUACCUUGGAGAGCUUGGGUGGGGUCUUCAUAGCUACGCUGUUUGGCUUGGCCCUGGCGAUGGUGACGCUGGCCGGCGAGGUGAUCUACUAUCGGCGUCGCAACGCUAAGCAGGGUUUAGGUCAGCCGAAGGGUCGACGAAAGUCCAAGGAGAUCGCGGUCGAGGAGGCGACGGUACAAGGACUCACGGCUCUGCAGCUCAAGCCGGCGCCCCUCAUCGGCUUCGACGACAAGCCACUGAGCACGAAGCCACGAAUCUCUCACAUAUCCGUCUAUCCACGACCUUUUCCCUUCAAGGAAUGAGCAUCACGUGCACCGACGAACCACCCCUCUGCCGUACUAUCUUUCAGCCCCUUCCCUCUCCGCCCCAUUAGCACUGUACGUACAUCAAGUGCCGACCAUGUCUCUGUAA